AUGACUUCAUUGCAAGAGAAAGCUGACGCGGUCAGAAUCGCCGUUUCGAGCACAGUCACAUGUACGCCGGCCACUGUGGUCACGAUCAAAGAGCUUCUCCUUCCCGAUGCCGACUCUUCCUCGACCGUCGCGUCUAAAACGAGGACCAUCUCGCGCACGACAACAAAAACGGCCGGGCGUGCCAAGGCCAGCGCCACGACGCCGACCGAGCAAUUGAGCGCAAAAGAAAAGACGGCAUUGGCGACACAUGUCAUCAAUGCCACCAUAAAGUCUCUGACCGACGCCGCCAAGCCGCAAACCCUCGCGACGCCUGCAAAGCCCGCGACUGAGAGUGACCUGCGACCGGCCACCGGCAAGCGCACGCUUCGGCGGUCGCUCUCGGCACCGCUAUCGCCAAUUCAGCCACGAUCCCUCAAUCGAGUUGCCACAUCACCUAAUAUAGCCGCCAAAGCAUCAAGGCAGCCGCUCGGCCCGUCCACGGGAUGCCUGGCGACAGCAGAAUGCGCUCGCGUGGCCUUUGCCUGCCUGCGCAACCUCAAGGGCCCGCUGGCGCAUGACCAAACAGACUUGCAAAUAGAAAACGGCAUGUCUGCGCUCGUGGGCAAGCUCAUCGGUCUGGGCAUGAAUGAGCAGGCGCUCAAGGAGCUGCGUGUGCUGCAUCGACGACUCGACGUCGGCGCCAAGGCCGCUGCCAGCACCGCAAAGACGGCAAAGACGGCGGCGGAAGAAUCCCCGACAACCGUUUCCGACCUUCUCAGCUUCCACAUGCCGGUGCCCUCUCAGUUUCUGGUCGCCGUGACGACUUGUCAGACUCAAGUACUGAAGCUUAUUGCUUCAUCAAAGAAGCCAGAGCACAUUGAAGCUGUACUUCCUCAUCUCCGUGACAUCCAAGUAGCCUCUCCUGUGAAGCUUCUCUCCGCUCUUACCAAGAUCGGAAGCAAAGAAGCCUCCAAGGCUGCUCGUCAGCUAGCAUCGCUGUCACAGCUUGUUUUAUCUUUGGCGCCCAGUGUUUCUAGCCAGGAGGAUGCCGUCGCCAUGGAGCCGCGCCUCAGCCCUUCACCCCUCGCUGCCUUUGAAUUGCAGACAUUGGCCUUUGCCUGCCAGCUCAGAUGGUGGAGAAUAGGGGGCCACUCUGGAAAGCUCGACGAAGAGCUGCUAUCACCUCUCUCACGGUGCCUCCGCGCGUUCGCCCGACGAUUUACCUCGAAUGACGCUCUACUCUACAAGACCAUGGCGGCUUCAGUGGAAGGACUGUUGCAGCUUGCCAAGGCUGGUGGGUAUGCCCCUACCGAAUCAACAGCCGCACCCAUCGCUACCAUUUACCAAAUUCUCGGAACUUCUGCAUACACUGCGAAGAAAUACGAUGAAGCCGCUCAAUGGUUUCAGAACUUGCAAUCGACCAUAGAAUCACCUGAAGACGCAAUGGUACGCUAUGCUUCGAUCUGCGCAUGGCUCCUUGCUGCGGUCCUAAAAAGGGCGAAAGCUGUUGAAGACACUGAACAGCUUGCACAAUCUGUCCUCGAUAGUCUAGACGGAAGCUUGAGUGGUACUGCUUCGGAACUUAAUGAGCUUCUUGACAGCUUGUCACUAGCCCGGCGCUCCAUUGUUGGCCGUCUCAUGGAGUCUAUGGACUCGUCACAGCCCGCAACUCGCACGCCAGAUGCUAUCGACAGCAUAUUAAAAGCAUUCGUUCUUCGCUAUCCCCGAUUCAUCCGCCGAUGGCUAGGAAAUGCCCCUAACAAGGAUGCACCUCCGAAGCACAUUCUACAGUUUGACCAACGUCGCCAAAUAGUCAUGAAGACCAUUAGCCAAACACUCGAUGGGACUCUCAUGGUUAUCAAGUGCGAGAUUCAAAACACCCCCGCUGACUGGCAGCAGCUUGACGAGGUACUGCAGCAUUGCUCUGCUCUCCUCGAAACGCUCAGCGACCCGUCGCAAUCUCACGCCAAGACUGAACAGCUCAACAAUUACCUCGUGAAAAUCUCUAGCCUGUAUUUUGCCAAGUUUUCACAGCUUCGAAAGCAUUCCCAGAGAAAGCGAGAGGAGAACAAACAGAUUUUGCAGACUCUAAGCCGUUCCAUCGACACAGUAAAGGACCUCUCAGCUGCAGAAAGGGAACGCGCGCAGCUAUCGACAAAACUUGAGCUGUUCGCAGAUAUGUGCAAGGGAUCUGGACGAACCGACGACGCAGUGCAAACUCUGAGAUCGAUAUGUACGAGCAUGGCCGAAGACGGUAUCCUGAAGGAUGUUUCUGCUGCCCUGGCUACCCAGGCCCCCACGAUCGCAUGGAACAUGAACGGCAAAUCGAGCAUGCUGUCGAGAACUCUCCGAUCAGUUGCCAAACUCGACAAAUCUUGGACGGAUUGGACCAUCUUUCUACCCGAAACCGAGCGCGCCGCCGUUUUGGAGCACCUAAUGCAUCUCACCACCAGCUCGCGCAGUGCUCUGCAAUUUCACGACCCGAAUCUGACUGCGCUCCUGCGCAUUUACACCCCCGAAAAGUAUCCGAUCCGACGAUUACGUGUACUACUUCACGUUAUGUACCAAAACUUAGGCAACGAAGAUGAAGUAGCGGCCGUCCACCCACAUUUACAAGUCAGCCUUCGUCAAGCCCAGGCUCAAGACAAGGCUGAAGACGACGGUCUGGCCGGUUUCAUGCCGCAUCUAUUGAACUGGCACCAUAGUGUGCAGGCAGUACUGGAUGCAGACGAACUUUCCAAGUCCACCGUCCCGCAGGCCAUCGACACUUGGACCAAUAUGGUUGGAUCCUGCCAGACCGAGAGCAGCAUCUACAAGGUGGUUGACGAUCCUGAAGCGCUUCAAGAUUAUCUCCAGUCUCUUGGCCAUCUUGCUGGCUUACGAGGCGAGAAUGUUCUGCAGCUCAAGAUUUCGCAGCUGUUGGUGUCUCUCUCCAAGCUCUUUGCGGGCCACGGGCAGACGACAAAUAGUGCGCUCAUUGUCCGCCAGAGUCAACUUGCCUCUCAGUACAUCAGCACCGGUCUCUACACCAAAGCACUGGAUGCUCUCGACGAGGCCAAGGGGCUUCUUCAACAGCGAGAUGAAGUGGCGCCGAGCGUAUCUGUGGCUUACAACAUGGCCCAGGCCGAGUACUUCGCCGGUAUUGGAAACAUGGAUGACGCGAAUAUUUCCAUCUCUGAGCUCAAUUCUGUAUGCCGGCGCUCCCAAUCAUCAUGGGCUACCAACAAAGCUCAAGCAACAACGACUGUCUGCUUGGUUUCGCUUCUACAGUCGUCCCUCUCUCUGCAGUCGGGCAACGUGGAAGAGGCCCUGAACCAUAUCAAGCAAAGCGUACGCAUGCUUUCGCAUGACUGGACCAAGCUUGAAUCUGCAGUGGCUGGUAAUGACUCUACCCUCUCCGACACAAGCAUGGAUUCUGUUUCUGUCAAGGACGCCAGAACUAGGCUUAUUGGACCAAGAGUAUGGACUCUGGCUUCGCCUCUUAUUCGUAGUCUGCUGCACAUUUCCUCUGUUUACGCUCAUAUCGGCAUGUUCCAAGAGACCAUUUACUACGCCGACACCGCUUCCAAGAUUGCUGCCAACUCGCAGUCGACUCUCUACAACGCAGAGGUGGCUGCAUGGACUGGUUCGGUCUAUCUCCGAGCGGGAGAUCAAGAAAAGGCUGCUUCUCGAUUCAGUGCGCUGGCCGACAUGAUGCCGGAAGACAUGUCGGCGUCAAAAAUUCGAUUUGCGCAAAUGCUAGGAGAAUAUUACUCACAUAUCGGUGACAACGAAAAGGCAGUUGAAUAUCUGCAGACGGCCGAGGUCGGCACUCGUGGCCUGAAUGACAACACUUCCCAUCAGGAGGAAGAGCCUAGUGUGGCUGGAGUAGCUGUAUCGAUACCUUUGCGAACCAAAUCUACGAGAGCGACAAAAACCAAGACUCCUGCCAAACCACGAGCUACCAAGCGCACAGCGGCGACAUCGAGAGCAGUCACGCCCGUCCCUAAGCCUAGUCAGCAGCCGACGGAUGUCUUCCAAGCCUCGCUUCUUGCAUCCGUACUUCUCUCCCGCGCGACAAGCCUCAUUCGCCAGCAAGAUUGGACUGCCGCUCUUACUCUGCUGAAGCAAGCUAAAGAACUGCCAAAGCAGGAUAUUACUGCCUAUCGAGAGCAGGUAGCAACCGCAACGUCACUCAUUGGACAUAGCAUGGAGCAGAUAAUUUCGGAUCCCGUCUUUUCCGUGAUUCAAGACUCGACCAUUUCUUUCCCAUCUAUUGCUGGGCUGGUUGAAAAGGUCAUUGCGGAUGGCUGCUCACCGUUCAAGUCGCCCGCUAAGCGUGGACGACCAGUGGCAGCUGGUCGUGGCAAGGCUAUCAAGGAUGAAGACGCCCCAGCUUUUGCCGAAGCACUAAAGGAGGCCCAAGAGUUGCUCGCCGAGGCACACUCGUCCGCCAUGACAAAGUCGGACAGCAGCAUGGUCCGUCGUAUUUCUGCGAUGCUUCAGAAUACCAUCAUUCUCUUGUCCGCCACGUCUGGCGCAAAGCACAGGUCCAUUGCCCAUUCUGGGCUGGCUACUGUUGCUGUUGACCUGGCCCAUAAUGUUACCUGGCGCAGAGAACAAAAGACUCUCGCCGCAUCUACAGCUGUCGCUGAAGAUGUCGAGAGCAGAAAAACUGCUAGUCUUCGCAGGGCUAGCCUGGCUCCGACUUCCGACAUGGCCAAUUUUCAGAAAAGCUACAUUGAAAUGGUCCCCAAAAACUGGAGCGUCAUCUCGGUGUCUCUCAGCGACAACCAUCACGACCUGUGCCUGACCAAAUUUCAGGCUGGCCAUAGCCCAUUUAUUCUUCGUCUGCCUUUGGAGCGAGCCAAUUCACGCGACGCCGACUCUGAGGUAUACAACUUUGCGCACGGCAAGGACGAGCUUCUUGACAUCAUCAAGCUAGCCAACGAGACGAGCCACUCUGCCCGCAACUUUACCCUCAAGGGCGAGCGAAAUGCCUGGUGGGCUGAGCGUGAGGCUCUCGACACGCGACUGAAAGAGUGUCUGAUGCAGAUUGAAACGACCUGGCUAGGUGGUUUCAAGGGAAUUUUCUCGCAACAUCGGCGUCGCUCAGAUCUCCUGGCCCGUUUCCAGAAGAAUGUGCAAAAGAUGCUUGACACUCAUCUGCCAUCUCGCAACCAGCGACGUGGGAAGAAGACGGCAAAGACGGGUGUUACUUUGGAUCCUAGGAUUCUCGACUUGUUUAUCGGGCUUGGCGAUCCUACAGAUGAUCCCGACUGUGACUUUGAUGAGGCUCUCAAUGAUUUACUUUACUUUAUUGUGGAUAUUCUUCAGUUUCACGGCGAGCGCAACGCGUACGACGAAAUCGACUUUGACGCCAUGGUAGUCGAGAUGUACGAUGCGCUCAAGGGAUACUACAGUGCUUUGGAAGGCGCUGGCGCACGCGAAGACGGCGCCCACACCAUCCUGGUCCUGGACAAAGCGCUGCAUGCUUUCCCCUGGGAGUCUCUCCCCUGUAUGGAAGGCUUGGCCGUGUCUCGCGUGCCAUCCCUUGCCUGUCUGCGACAACUCAUCACAGAGUCCAACAUGCCGCCGAAAGAGAAUGCGGCUUCGCCAGACUCUCUGCCCGGCCACUACGUCUCGUCCGGUGCGGGCACGUAUAUGCUGAACCCGUCAUCCGACCUGACAAACACCCAGACCUUUUUCCAGAAGCCCUUCACAACCGGCCUGGACGGCUGGACGAGCAUCGUUAACCGUGCUCCCCACGAGGACGAGUUUGAAGCGGCGCUCAGCAAGUCGGACGUCUUUCUGUACUUUGGCCACGGGAGCGGCGCGCAGUACAUCCGCGGCAAGACGAUUCGCAAGCUCGACAAGUGCAAGCCUGCGUCCUUCCUCAUGGGGUGUAGCUCGGCGGCGCUCACCGAGGCAGGGGAGUUUGAGUGCUACGGUCCCGUGUGGAACUACAUGAUGGCUGGGUGUCCAGCCGUUGUCGGCACCCUCUGGGACGUUACAGAUCGCGACAUUGAUCGGUUCGCAGGCCGCACGUUUGAGGAAUGGGGCUUGUUUGAAAAGGGUACCUUUGAGGACAAGAAGAGCCAAGCCGCCGACGAGGGUUACGAAAGCGCCGCGGCUGGGAGCGGCGGGAAGCAGUCCCUGGUGGAGGCGGUGGCGCAAGCGAGAGAUGCGUGCCGCUUUCGGUAUUUGAAUGCGGCGGCGGUGGUGGUGUAUGGAAUACCAGUAUAUGUACGAUGA